AACGUACCAGCUCAGUCUUCUGUGACAUCUAACCACAUAAUGCGAUCUUUUUUUAUUUUUACGACAUAGUUUUAUAGAUUUCGUUAAAAUUGAAAUAAAAUAAAAUAAUUUUUUGAAUACUUACAGUAUGUUGUCUUUAAUACUUUUGACUUUGCACUUAAUAAUUUUAUUGUUUUAGCUUCGACACAAAAGUAAUACUUUCUUUGCUGUAGAGUGGUAUUUUUUCGAGAUAUUUCUUCUUAGAAUCUUCUUGUAUGUAAUAUCAUUCUUGAGGUAAUCGAUAUCAAAUGGAUAAAGGACACAAGAGUAUUUCCGAGAAUACUAUCGCCAAGAGAGAUAAAUAUGGAAAUUCAAGUACUAUACAUGAAUAUAGUGAUAUAAAUUUAUCAAAUUAUUUGGACAACGAUGAAAAGUGUGAUGAACAAUACUUCAUUAAAGAAGACAUACAUCAGACAGAAAUUUUACAAUUAUCAUGGAACGAUUUAUAUCCCCAGGUAUUAGCUAGUGUUGUAGUAUUCUUGUUGAUCCUCCAAUCUGGUGUUAAUAUGGCAUACUCAAAUGUUAUAUUACAUAGCUUUCCGAACAUGAACAAAUCACAGUAUUCGUGGCUAACCAGCAUUGUGCCCUUGUGUACGCCCCUGGGGUCGAUUCUAGUUGGCCCAAUCAUGGAAAGAUUUGGCCGGAAAAAUGCUUGUCUCUGCACAUGUCUGCCGCUUUUAGUUUCCUGGCUGCUUGCCGUGGGCAUGACGUUCGACAACAUAGUUUGGUUUUAUGUGUCCAGAAUAUGCGCGGGUAUUGGUUGCGGUAUGGCAACAGUGGUUAUAGUAUACGUGUCGGAAAUCGCUCAUCCCACGUACAAGUCAUUCCUGUUGUCUUUGAAUAGUGUGUUUUUCUCGACCGGCGUAUUACUUUCUACCGUGUUAAUCAACUUCCUCGACUGGAAAGCCAUCACCAGCACGUUUGCCUUGUUUACCGUGGCUAUUAUGGCGUUGACAGUGAUAUGCGUGCCGGAAAGCCCGGCGUGGAUAUUCAAGUUCAAAGGUCCGGAGUACGAGAUCAAAGGGAAAAGGGCGAUAAAACAGAUUUAUCCUCACAACAAUCGAUUAUUCAAUGCCGAAUGGAACCUCCUAAACGAGAUGACCGCCGAUGAAAACAACUACGCAAUAGACAAGUCUAAGCAGACGUUUUUCCGAACACUGCGGACCAGCCAGGCCGCUUACAAGCCAGUGAUCAUAUUGAUCGUUCUGUUGACCCUGCAACAGUGCAGCGGCGCGUACAUGAUCAUAUCGUACGCGCUGCCAGUGUUCCAGUUGAUCGUGCCGGGCGGAUCGGCCAACGAACUGGAAGCACUGGCGCUGUUGGGUAUCAUCAGGUUCGUCGGCGGCAUCGUCACGUCGUUGUUGUCGUUUUACUUCGGUCGCAGACCUCUCAUGGUGGUUUCGUGUUUGGGCAUGGCUCUGUCGUCGGCUACGGUGACAUUGACGGUUGGCUCGCAACAGACGCCGAUCGGCUCAGAUCAGAUCGGGUUGACUGGCUUGUCCGUUCCGUUAGUCGGCGUCAUGGUGUUCGUGCUGAGCAGUUCGAUUGGCGUGCUCGUGUUCCCUUGGACGCUGACCAGCGAAUUGCUCCCCACAUCUAUCAGGGCCGUCGGCAGCAGCUCAUUAGUGUCUUACGGUUGUCUGUCCAUGUUCUUUACACUUCGCGCGUUUCCGUAUUUAUUAACAUCGCUUGGCGUGGCCAUCACGUUUGUCGGUUUCGGGUUGGUAUCGCUGAUAUUGGCCGUUUUUGUGUUGUUGUUUGUACCAGAAUCGAAUGGAAAAACUUUUGAACAGAUCGAAGAGUACUUUCUGAGGAAAUAAAGGUCGCCUAUUAUUAUUAAUUUCAACAGAAUAGUCAGGAGUCAAAAAGUCGAAAUAGUCAAUCUAAAACUUUUUUAUUAAUUUCAGUUGUUUUUGUUUUGUUUGUCUCUUCUAUAUUUGUAUUGCUCUUAUUUUUUUUAUUUUUCGUUAUUUUACACUAAUACUAAUGAAUAAUGGUUUUAUUUCUACUUUGAGUCGUCGAAACCCUAAACUCAGUGUUAUGUUAAAUACACGUCUUUUAAAUACCUAAAGCUAAGGCCCCACUGAGAGCGAUUUGCGUUUUUGCGAUAGCGUGUAGCGUGUUGGCGAUUUAGCGAUUUUAGCUACACGCGCGAGAAUCGCUGAAAAAACAAAAUUGUUUGAUUUUCGGCGAUUAAUCGCUGUUAAAAUGGUAUCAUCGUCGGUUAUGUCAGAACAAAUUGCUGCUGCUGUAUACCUACAAGAACCAUAUAUGGAAUCCGAGACACCCAGACCACAGAAAUCGAAACAAAGUCCUGAGGUGUUGUAGGUCUGUUAUAGGACAAAACCUUAAAAUUGAUAAAAUUGAUGGUAAUUUAAUUAUUUAAUGUUAUAUAUUUAUGUUUAUUAAAUUAGUUAUUAUGAAUUAUAUGUUUUAAUACUAGUAAUAAAAUAAAUACAAAUAGAGCUUGGAUGUUAAUGACCUAAAAUGCAUUUGAAAAUGAAUGUAGAAAUGAACACGCGCGACAUAAAAAAACGCUAAAGUGUCCCCACCAAAAUCGCUGGUGGACAUCUGGCUUGUAAAAUUGCGGAAUCGCUUUCAGUUGGGCCUUAGCUUAAUGCAUUUCGUCGUAUCGUCGUGUUCAGCCUACUUUGUUCGUUUGUAAUUUUUAAUUACAUUUUUUCUUUUGAUAAAAUAUUAUUAGUUUUGUACAUGAACUAAAUUAGAGUAUGCAAGGAACGCAAUUACAUUUAUCUAUUUUUUAAAUACUACCGUCUACCGUGUUUGAGUUUUAAUACUGCUGUUGAACAUUUAUUAUCAGUAUUUAUUAUAAGAUAUAUAUAUUGGUACUUCUAAAAGUUCCUAUUUAGAUUAAUAUUGAUUAAAUGGACGCCGAGUUCAUUAUUGUUACAUAAUAUGUAUUAUAUACACUUAAAGAAAUUACAACAAUUAUUAUUAAUAGGAUAUCAAUUAUAUAGAGUCUAUAUCACGAUGACUUGACGUUAAUAUGAAAGUCACGAUCAGACCAUCAUGAUAUGCUCUUUAUUAUAUUGGGCUAUAGCUUUUUAAUAACUUGUUUUUAUUGUCUAAAGAUAAUAUGUAAAUAUAUAUAGUAUAUUAUUUAAGUAACCUAUAAUCAAAUCUUAUUAUAUUUGAAUUAUUAAUGAUUUUACUCUAAAUAAUUAAUUUGAAUAAAUUUGGUUUUAUAUAAUUAUAUUUCAUCCAUCAACUGAGCAUUGUAAAAUUGUUUAAAUUUAUCGGCUGUACAUUAGUGAUAUCGAAUCUCGCUCGAAAUAGUUUUAAACAUUGCUUGAUAUAUUUCAAUAUUGUUUAUCGCGUGUUUUUUCACCCAAUACAAAAUGCUCUCUGUCUUUUUCUUUUAU